GUCACACCGACCAAAAGCAGUCGUGGGUGAGAGGGCACAAUCCCAAUCGGAGUUAUAAACACUUCCGUGUACAAGCAAAGUCUCUUUGGAAUUGCAGAAGGUAUUCCCAACCCAAUCACUACCAAUCGAGAAAAAUCAUCAAGCUAACACGAUCCAUUUGUACUUGAGAAGGAUCUACUUUUCCCCGCUUAAAGAUGGUGUUCAAUCUCCGAACCUUCAGUUUUACCGAGUCCGUUGAAGACGAUCCAAUACCUCCUAAAAGCUUCUCUCUAAAGGAGCUCCGAGUUGCGACACACAACUUUAGUCGCAACAACUUCGUAAUGUUCGAUUGGCACGACAAGGUUUACAGGGGGCGCUUGGCCGAUGGUUCGCUCGUGACAGUAAAGAGAGUGUGGUGUGUUGAUCAAUGGAAGGAAAAAAUUUUCGAAGCAGAAAUGCAAGUGGGAAGCACGGUUUCAACGCACCCAAAUGUGCUACGUCUGAGGGGCUUUUGCAGGACCAAGAAAGAGCACUUACUUGUGUAUCCCUUGAUGAUCAACAAUAGCCUAUCUUACAAUCUUAGAGAGAGACCGGAUCGGUUUGCCCGACCUCUCGAUUGGACUACUCGCAAGCAAAUAGCCUUGGGAGCAGCGAGGGGGCUUGCACACCUUCACAAUCAAGGUAACAUCAAGAUCAUGCAUCGCGACAUCUGCUCGUGUAAUAUACUGCUGAACGUGCAUUUUGAAGCCGUGAUAGGAGGAUUUUCGAUUGCCAUGAUCAUGCAUGAGAGAAAUGUAGAGAAAGGGACUAUUGAGUGGCCCACGCGCAUGCCAAGGCGGGGCACGGGAGUCUCAAUCUCAUCACCAGUAGAAGAAAAUUCAGCUGAUUCUGGCUCCGAUUCUCAAUCCUAUCAUCGCUAUGAAGACGUUUAUGUCAAGACCCCCCGAUGCGGCAGCUCUUUUUUUACUGCCCCUGAGUGCUUCCACACAGAUAAGUGCACACUGAAGAAUGAUGUCUUCUCAUACGGGAGGAUGCUUCUCGAGCUCAUCUCGGGACGGCCAAUUAUAGAACUUCAUGUGUUGGCGUAUAAAGAAAUUCUCAGUUUGGAGGAAUGGCUUGGUGAUUUUAUAAACAAGAACGAGUUGGGAAGGGUGAUGGAUCCCAAUUUGCGGGGGAACUAUGUGGAAGAAGAAGCAGAGCAGCUAGUCCGACUGGCAUUGUUGUGCGCAGAUGGCGAUCCAUCUGUCCGACCCAAGAUGUCGGAUGUGGUUACAAUGAUCGAAAACUAAAUGCUUGGGCAGGAUCCUAGCAACAGGAGCAAUUGGAGUGGAAGCUGAGCUUGUCAGAAGUGGUGACUACUUCUUCCCUCCUUGUCCUUCUCUCUCGUUGGAGAUAUGCUAAAUCUUGAUCACCAUUGUCUUCUGCAAGCUCAGCUUUUGGGUUUUCCUUUUCCUAUAUUAUUGCCAUUUUGUUUGUAUGAUCUUUGUUCUGCGACAUAUAGUACGUGCUUUACCUUC